GGAUAGCACAAUGUCUUCAUCCACUCCUCGCCGCGAUAGAAACGAACAUUCUUCUACCGUUGAGUUCGAGGAAACCACCACGAAAAAGAACUCAGACAAAACCGAUCCCUCGAAGUGGAAACUCUACGUCGGCGAACUUCCCGACAAAACAAUAAAGAAAAAAAGGAGGGAUGCAAGUAGGUGGCCGCAAUACUGUAUUCUUUCAGAAGAUCAUAUGAGAUCCCUGACAGAAGUACUCGAUGAACUUCGAAAAGACGACAAGACUGAAGUCAGCCUUUACAAGAAUCGCACUCGGCUCUGGAUCCGGAAUUUCGACGCCGAUGGCAACCCCAUUGAUCCGAAGUUGACCGCGGGCUUGCCGCGAAACCAGCUGCCCCUGAAACGUAAAGCCACUACGAUUAGUGAAGCCAACAAGAAGAAAAGGAAAAGGAACGAUCCACCUGCGGACACGAACAAAUCUGCUUCACCGUCGCGUGCCCGCGAAGCACGUCCAGCAGCGCAGUCGAGUGAAGUUGCCAGAGACAAAGAAAGUGCUACACUUCCGAAUAAAGAGAAACCCGCCUCACUGUCACUGAACUCGAGUAAAGUCACCAAGAACAGAGUGAUAAGGAAUACUCCAUCUCCGAACGCGAACGAGUUGGUCCCACCGUCAGGUAGCCGUGAAGCACGUCCAACAGCGAACGCGAGUGAAGUCACCAGAAACAAAGAGAAUGCUUCACUUCCGAACGCGAACCAAGACGCCACGGCUCCACAUAUCCAAGAUGAAAGUUCGACAAUACCUAACUCGAGUGAGGAUGAUCGUGAGAACAUAGAAAAUGUCAAUUGGAACAAGAAAACUCGAGUCGUUAUCGAAGACAGCCAAUCUCCCACAGAUGAGACGAGACCGAGGUUGUCUAUUGCGGAGAAGGACAAAGAAAUCCGGCAGCUGAAGCGGAAGCGAGUGGAGCUAAAGCGGAACCUAGACCGUGCUAAUCGGCGUGGCGAUAUAUACAAGGGCCGAUCCAGGGUCCUGAGGGAAGAGCGGCAAAUGUUAAGGGAGAUCGCCGGAACAGUAAUCUACUGUUUGGAAAGGGCGUACACGCAGACGUCUGAUGAUGACCGUGAUUACCUCGAAGAAGCUCGUCAAGCUACGGACGUUAACGAAUAUCAUGCGCUCAUGGAAUGUGGCAAGAGAAAGGUGGGCGAUAACGACGACAGUAUUGAUGAGGAAGAGUAUAAUGUCAACGCUUAA